CCCGCGGACAGGCCCCCGCGGCAGCGGGAUGAGGGGCAGGGCCGCGCGAGCUCCGCCCGGCACUGUCCCGUUACCCGCAGACAUGGCGGUGGGCUGCGCGCCGCCGCUGAGGGGCAGCAGCCGCGGGCUCGGCAGCGUUGUCUUUAGGCAGCAGAAAUGGAAAAGCUCUGUCUCCACAAAAGCAAAAAUGCCUCCUUGCAAUUUUGUACCUGAAAAAUACAAAUCCCAUUCAUAUGAACGCAUGCGGGAGAUUCGUGAACAAAAUAUUUCUCCUUCAUUGAGAACAUUUUACAAGAAGCCAUUGUUGCUGCAUCAAGGACACAUGCAGUGGUUAUUUGAUUAUGAAGGACGAAGAUACCUUGAUCUCUUUGCUGGAAUUGUCACUGUUGGUGUUGGUCACUGUCACCCGAAGGUAACUAUGGCUACCCAGAAACAGCUUGCUCACCUCUGGCAUAUCUCUAGUAUCUACAUGCACCCAUCAAUCCAGGAAUAUGCUGAAAAGCUAACUUCUCUUUUUCCAGAUCCACUUAAGGUGGUUUAUCUAACCAACAGCGGGUCAGAAGCCAACGAUUUGGCUAUGUUCAUGGCAAGGCUAUAUACUCGUAACUUCGACAUCAUCUCUUUCAGGGGAGCAUACCAUGGAGGCAGCCCUUACACGCUGGGAUUGACAUCUGUUGGUCUUUAUAAGCAUGGUGUUGCCAAUGGCUUUGGUUGUUUAACAACAAUGUUACCAGAUGUUUUUCGUGGUCCAUGGGGAGGCAGCCAUUGUAGAGAUUCUCCAGUGCAAACUGUUCGAAAAUGCACCUGUUCUGAAGGUGUAUGUCAUGCAAAGGACCAGUACAUUGAACAGUUCAAAGAUACUCUGAAUACCUCAGUACCAAAGACAAUAGCUGGAUUUAUCGCUGAACCAAUUCAAGGUGUUAAUGGAGCUGUUCAGUACCCAAAAGGUUUCUUAAAGGAAGCUUACCAGCUAGUACGGGAAAGACAGGGUGUCUGUAUUUCAGAUGAAGUACAGACAGGAUUUGGACGGACAGGCAGCCAUUUCUGGGGAUUUCAGACACAUGGUGUAGUCCCUGACAUUGUUACUUUGGCAAAAGGAAUUGGUAAUGGCUUUCCAAUGGCAGCUGUUGUUACAACAAAAGAGAUUGCAAGUUCCUUGGCUCAAAACCUUCAUGUUAACACAUUUGGAGGAAACCCUUUGGCCUGCACAGUUGGAGCUGCUGUUCUUGAUGCUAUUGAAGAAGAUGGCCUACAGAAAAACAGUGAGGAUGUGGGAACAUACAUGCUGCUGGAGUUGGCUAAACUACGGGAUAAAUUCAAGAUUGUUGGUGAUGUCCGUGGCAAGGGACUUAUGAUCGGAGUAGAAAUGGUGACAGAUAAGGACCAUCGCCACCCUCUUCCAACUGAAGAAGUCAGUCAGAUCUUGGAGGACUGUAAAGACAUGGGGGUCCUGAUCGGCAGAGGAGGACUCUACAGCCAGACAUUUAGAUUUAAACCUCCAAUGUGCAUUACUAAAAAGGAUGUCGACUUUGCUGUGGAAGUAUUUGACACGGCUUUACAGAGGCACAUGGAAAGAGCAGCUGCAAAACAGACUUGAUUUGUUUCCUUACAUGAGAUGAACACAGAUCCCCUGAUAAUUGCCACCCGGACUCAUAACUAAUCUACACUGCAUAAGAAAAUCAUAUUCUGAAGAUUAAUACUUGUUCAGUAUUCUAAGAGCAGUCUGACAGAUACAGUGUUUAAUAAAGAAUACACUCUAA